AUGUUUCAAAAGAGUCUAAUAAUAUGCUGCCCUGCUGUUGCGGUAGACACUUCAGAGGUAAAAAGGCUUAAUCAUGCACCACAGAUCCUGCAAAACGUUCAAAUCUCGCCAAACAUAUUCACGAUCGGCGGGAACAGCAUGAUUAUCAAUGAGCCUCAAUCAUUUCAACACAAAUCUACCUCAAAAAUAACGUCACAUCUCCUCCCAGGAAUUAAAUUGCCCAAAACCAAACAGCAGUGGGAAGAGGCCAACGCAUAUUUUCACCAUAAACUAAAUGACCUUAACAAUAUUGAAGAUAUCGACAGUUAUGCCCUCCUACUGCAAAACACAAUAUACCAAUAUUUCGCAGAUACGUAUGGCAUCUUAAAACCAAAAGAAUCAACAGUUGUCAACGUCAACGCCGACCAUAGAAAACUAAAAAAGAAACUAAAAAAUCUAAAAAUCCUCGGUCAAAAUGACAACAGUUUUAUUGACGAAAUAAAAUGUCUGAGCAAAUUGAUCAGAUUAAAAAUUCACCGAGAAAAGAUAUCAAAAGCUGUCGGUCAAUCAAAAAUAUCCGUUCAACUGUCAAAAAACUUCUGGAAUACUUGUAAAAAAUUAUUUUCGUUAUCCACACCACUGCCUCCACUGUUUGAUGUUGACAAAGGGGCUGAUCACUUUGGUGGCGUAAUGAAAGCGGGUGAUAGAACACAUUUUGCAAUCCCUGAUUGGAUCCCUCCUCUGCAACCGCCGGUGUUCAAUGGCACUAUUGACCCGCCAACUUACGAAGAAGUUUCAUCAAUUGUUCGUCGAAGUAAAUCAAGCGCCUCGCCGUGCCCACUAGAUCAGAUAUCUACUAUAAUGUUUAAGAAAUGUCCAAUCCUCAGAACAUAUCUGCACAAACUACUUUCAAAAUGCUGGGUCGCAUCUACAAUUCCAGGCAAACCAUUGCAUAUGGAAGGAGAGCUGUAUGAAAAACGUUUGUUGACAACUGAUGAAAUGCUGACAGGAUGA